AUGGUUCCUUUUAUUGAAUUCAUCGUCAGUGAUAAGAAGAGAAGUACAGUCUCUUUUAUCAAAAAGUUGUUGGAAGAUGAAAGAUUCUCGGUUACGGAGCACGGAAAAACUAUCAAAAGUAUCUCGCGGGAUGUAAGGCAAAAGACUGCCUUGCAACAUGCAGCGUGGAGGGUUGGAUUUGGAGAGCCGAUAACACUUGGAGAUAUUGCUCUUGAGAACGUCAGGGCAAUUCAGAACGACCGCAUUUAUAUAUGCCUCGUCGCUUUGAAGAUCCACGACGGCAUUCUUCGCUCUCCAAAUGAGAGAAGGUUUCUGCAGGAGGUGAACAAGGUUGAUCUUUCUCAUGAGAUUCGAAGGUACGCGGAAUUGACUAAGAUGAAGAGCCUGCGACAGAAUCUCUUGGGACGCCUAUGGGUGGGGCGCGGCCUUGUCUCUAUCAGCAGGGCUCCUGCAACGCAAGCGGUGCUUAAGCCUGCUGGUGGCUUUUCUCUCGCCUUAAGAAAGCGCCUUAAUCUAGUAUUAAGAAGGUCAGCUGCCGGAGUGCCAUAG